AUGACCAUGACUACAAUGCCAGAGAGUAUUAACAGCCCGGUGUCAGGGAAAGCGGUGUUCAUGGAGUUUGGGCCACCGAACCAGCAGAUGCCACCUUCCCCCAUGGCCCAUGGGCACUAUUCCAUGCACUGCUUGCAUUCCGCAGCUCACUCCCAGCACGACAGCUCGUACAGCGGCGCCUCAUCCUUCUCCAGACCCCUGGGCUACCCCUAUGUGAACUCGGUGAGCAGCCAUUCCUCUAACCCCUACAUCAGUACCGUGCAGUCCUACCCCAACAGCAGCAGCCUCAGCCAGACCCGCUUAGAGGAGACAGGGGCAGAUUCUGAAAAGAGCACAGUGGUGGAAGGUGGAGAGGUUCGAUUCAAUGGCAAGGGCAAAAAGAUUCGCAAGCCCAGGACUAUAUAUUCCAGUCUGCAGCUUCAGGCUCUGAACAGGAGGUUCCAGCAGACCCAGUACCUGGCACUGCCAGAGAGAGCAGAGCUGGCGGCUUCACUGGGACUCACCCAGACACAGGUGAAAAUCUGGUUUCAGAACAAAAGAUCAAAAUUCAAGAAAUUAAUGAAACAGGGAGGAGCGGCUUUGGAAAGCAGCGCAUUGGCAAAUGGUAGGGCGCUCUCUGGCAGUUCCCCACCAGUACCACCAGUAUGGAACACCCCGACUUCUUCUGGUAAGACGUCUGGUACCCCAGGAGCCUACAUUCCAAGUUAUACUUCAUGGUAUCCAUCAGCCCACCAAGAAGCUAUGCAGCAACCUCAACUGAUGUGAUGCAGUCAUCAUUUGUUUUGGCCCACAAAAAAAAAAACUUAUACAAAAAACAAGAAAUUUUGAAGACAUGAACAUAGAUAAUAAGAGCUCUGUGCCUUUAAACCAUGAUCACUCCAUGGCUGGCAUGGUGGGGCAUAGAGAAGCUCGGAUCUAAUGCGGGCUGGUACCCAGCUGUUGACUGCAGAUCCUCUCACCAGGCACCAAGCAGCCUGGCAGCCAGAAGACAAGCAGGAACCAACCCUAUACUGGGGACAAACUUGGAUGAGGACACAAACAAGGAUCCUCUCAUGUCUGUCUUUGUCUUGGUAACAUGUGGUCAUUUAUCCAACCUCUUUACUUAAACAAUGACAGUUAUUAUUGGGAAAUAGAAUUUGGAACCAUCUUCCUGCAACUUACAUUUCCCUUUGUAAUCCAAACUCCAAAUCUUGUUCUGCCUCAUUUUUUCUAGUUUGGACAAAAAAAUGUAAUGUUUUUAUUUUUAUGUUUGUGGGUUUAAGAUAUUUAUUAGAAACAAAAAAUGAACAAAAAUAAUAAUAACAAAACGAUAUAUAGGCUACCACUAAGGUUGCACAAUACAAUAAAAUGACCUGGUUUGAAAAAAAAUGCACUGAUUUUAAAAAAAAUCAAAUUAUUGCCGUUUACCGAUAUGCAGAAUAUGGGUAUAAUUUUAACUUUUACAGUAAUUUUUCUACUUUUAAUAAAGAGGUUGGGUCUGAGUGUUUUGCUCCAUUCCCCAUAAUAAAAAGAAUACAUGUGUGUUGCUGUUUUUGCAAAUUAGGGCCUGUUCUUUACUGUAUUUUGGUACCCUUAUAAAAUAAUUGUUAUCUAGCAAUUCCAAGACCCCAUAGUAAUGGGCUAUACACAAGACAACAAUAUUUAACCCUUUGGAAAUCAGAUUGUGUGUAAACCAUGUUGCUACACACUACAAAGGGUUAAGGUACAGAGUCUUGAUUAUGUAUCUUAAAUGCCAAUUGAUUGUUUUAAUUAUUAUUGUUAUUUUUUUAAAAAAAUCUUGCAUAUACUAACCCCAUCCAUGCUGGAAACCAUAUAACCCAUAUUGCAGAACAGUAUGUUGAAUAGGCAUCCAGUGAAUGAGGGGUUAAUCUCUGCAAGGCAGAGCCCUUGUACAUAAUGUUAUUAUUGUCCUGUAACAUGUUGCACAGAUUGAGCCCUCUUGUUUGUUCUGUGUGCCUGUAGCCACCAUGCUUUGUGAAAUGAAGAUCUUCUUUGACAUCUUUGUGAAAUUUGAAAUGUGAUUACUGAAAACAGUUGUGUUUAGUGUUCAUAUAUGUCGAAAGUUUAGUUUUAUAUUGAGAAUGUUAACUUAUUGCUUUGUAUCUUACAAAAAACCUUUGUAAAUAAGUUAUAAAAUUUCUUUAAGGCAGUAAAAUAUGGUUUUGAAAAAGACAA